UCCUGGGUGCAGCGGGCGAGGAGCGCGCGGGACGGCGGCGCGGGGACGGCGCACCUGGCGGGCCCGCAGGCCGGGCGUGGGCGGCGACAUGGAGGACGGCGUGCUCAAGGAGGGCUUCCUGGUGAAGAGGGGUCACAUUGUCCACAACUGGAAGGUGCGAUGGUUCAUCCUCCGGCAGAACACGCUGCUGUACUACAAGCUGGAGGGGGGUCGGAAAGUGACCCCUCCCAAGGGCCGGAUCGUUCUGGAUGGCUGUACCAUCACCUGCCCCUGCCUGGAGUAUGAAAACCGUCCGCUCCUCAUUAAGCUGAAGACUCGAACAUCCACGGAGUACUUCCUGGAGGCCUGUUCUCGAGAGGAGAGGGACGCCUGGGCCUUUGAGAUAACAGGGGCUAUUCACGCUGGGCAGCCAGGGAAGGUCCAGCAACUGCACAUAUUGAAAAACUCCUUCAAGCUGCCCCCUCACAUCAGCCUGCAUUGCAUUGUGGACAAGAUGCACAACAGUAGCAGCGGAAUCCGGUCAAGCCCAAACAUGGAGCAGGGAAGCACCUACAAAAAGACCUUCAUAGGCUCCUCCAUGGUGGACUGGCUCAUCUCCAACAGUUUUGCAGCUAACCGUCUGGAGGCUGUGACCCUGGCCUCUGUGCUCAUGGAAGAGAACUUCCUAAGGCCAGUAGGCACCCGAAGCAUGGGAGCCAUCCGCUCAGGGGAUCUGGCCGAGCAGUUCCUGGAUGACUCCACAGCCCUGUAUACUUUUGCUGAGAGCUACAAGAAGAAGAUAAGCCCCAAGGAAGAAAUCAGUCUCAGCACCAUGGAGCUAAGUGGCACAGUGGUCAAACAAGGCUAUCUGGCCAAGCAGGGGCACAAGAGGAAAAACUGGAAGGUGCGGCGCUUUGUUCUGAGAAAGGAGCCGGCUUUCCUGCAUUACUACGACCCUUCCAAGGAAGAGAACCGGCCAGUGGGUGGGUUUUCUCUCCGUGGUUCACUGGUGUCUGCUCUGGAGGAUAAUGGCGUUCCCACUGGAGUCAAAGGGAAUGUCCAGGGAAAUCUCUUCAAAGUGAUUACUAAGGAUGACAUACACUAUUACAUCCAGGCCAGCAGCAAGGCUGAGCGAGCUGAGUGGAUUGAAGCUAUCAAAAAGCUAACAUGAUAAGGACCUGAGGAAACGGGACCAGGAUUCCUCCCUCCUACGGGAUACAGGCAGGAUGUCCUGGAGAAUGGGAAUGUGUUAAGACCUUUAACUUCUUUGUGUGUUUUGUACUGCUAUGGAGUGAGAUGGGCGAAGAGGUCCUUAGAUGGCAGUGGUGCUAUUUCCUUCCCCACCUUCAUGUUAACAACCUGGAAAUGCUAGAACAGGCAUUAGGCAUCAGCAUCUUGACUUUGGCCCAUCAGCACAGCCAGCCAUUCCUAGGGCACCAAAGUUUCCCUUGUUGUAACACUAACUGGACAUGUUGUAAACUAAAUAAAACGCUAGUCUCACGGCAGCUCUGAAAUGCUGUUAACAAUUCUUACCUCCUCCUUUGGAAUUAAUAAAAAUUGACAUUUGUUUCUAUUAGAA